AUGGAGGAAUCUCUCUUCUGCAAACUUGCAUUAAUUUCAAAAAUAUUGCUGUAUAGAAUAGAAACAACUCUUGACAAGCAACUGGGCGAGUACCAAGCUGGAUUUCGAAAAGAUUUUAAAAAGGUAUUUGACUCGGUUGAUAGAGAAACAAUAGAUAAAACAAUACGUGAAUUUGGAGUUAAAAAUAAAUUGGCAAACAUAAUACAUGAAACACUUAAUGACACGAUUUCAAAAGUAAAAUUUAUGGGAGAGAUAUCCAAACCUGUUGAGAUAAAUGUAGGUGUAAGGCAAGAUGAUGGUUCAUCACCUCUUCUAUUCAACUGUGUUCUAGAAAAAAUUAUCAGAAUUUGGAAUGUAAAGCUAAAAGAACAUAACAAUUCGCCAGUAACUUUGGGGAGAAAAAACAAAGGCAUUGAAAUAAGUUGCCUAGCAUUUGCAGACAAUUUUGCUAUAGUGUCAGACAACUUGAAAAGUGCAACAACACAAAUCAAUCUCUUGAAAAAAAUAGCCAACAAAGCGUGUUUGAAAAUCUCCGUAGAAAAAAAUAAAUUUAUUACAAACAUUAAGAACGGCCAAAAAUUUGUGACUACUGAAAGUGGAAAAAGUAAAGAAAUUCAAAUACCCGGGAGAAAUAACUCAAGAAAAUGGUUUAGAAAAAUCUGCAGUAGAAGAAAGGUAGUGAAAUCGGAAUGCCUAUACGCAAGUGAAUGCUUGGUACUAAAUUAUAGAUUAGACAAACUGGAAGUACUAGAAAGGAGAAUCAUGAGGAAAAUUUUAGGUCCAGUGAAAACAACAGAAGUGUGGAAAUUAAGAUCUAAAGACGAAAUAUACAGGAAAAUAGAAGGCAUAACAGAAACGAUAAGGAAAAGAAAACUGCAAUUUUUUGACCAUAUUUACAAAAUGGAUGAUACAGAUUAA